UAGUGGUAAAAACUCGACUGUCGUCGUCGCAUUGUUUCUGGAUUUCCACAGAUAUCAAUGUCGUUCACGUUAUAUCGGGCGAAGAAUCAAAGUGGCUUGCAAAACAAGUUAUUCUGCUUCCAGUGGUCCAGCGGAGCAGUCAUCUCAGCGAACUCGGUGCAAACGAUCCUGCUGCUUGAAAUGAGUGCAACUUUAUAUCGGGUCUCCAUAUGGAGCUUACUUUUGGUUGGCAUUGCUGCAGAUAUCUCAGAUUGUGAUUUCCUUGAUACCGUGGACCUAACGCACAGUUCCAAGUUCGAAAACGGUUCGUAUAGGUACGAGGAUCUCAUCAUACCUGCCAGACUUACGGGCCAGUAUGACUAUAGGAUCCUGGACGGUGGAUCCUGGGAGCAUGUCUCCAAUCACGUCAGGGGAUGUAUUUGCAAGCUAAGGCCGUGUAUUCGGCUCUGCUGUCACCAUAGGAAACUGAUGAGUAGUACACAGUGUUCCAAGGAUGUAGAUGCAGACCUCACCUACGAUUAUGCUCUGGACAUAACGCUACGAAAUGGAAGUGUGACUAGGAAACACAUCAUGAAUGAGAUGAUCGUCCAGCAGGAUCUACCAAUGCCAUGCCAAAUCCAUUAUGAACUGGAUGCAGAACGAUACGCAGAAGACAAAUGGACAUUAUUCGAAAACGGAACUCUGCUGCGACAUUAUGACAAUGCGUUUCUCUCCAAACAGGAUUACUGUUUACAGCCCAGAAGGUCGAAGUCUGGAGAAAGUUACUCACUCGUGCCUUAUAACUGCAUCAUCCAGCCUUCGAUGACAAUGGCUUAUGUCAAACUAGUGUCCGUGGUGUUUAUGGCCCUGACAAUUGGUACCUAUUCGUGGCUUCCCUUAUUUCAUACCGUCCAUGGCAAGUGUUGCACACUGUACUUCGUAAGCCUCAUGGUUACGUUUCUACUGAACGUAGCCAGUAUGUUUGGGGUAUUUAUAAACGAUUUGAUGUGCCUACUCAAUGGAUUCGCUGGAUACUUCGCAGCAAUGGCCACUUUUGCAUGGCUUUCCGUGAUCAGUUACGAUGUCUGGAGAAGAUUUGGCUUGCAUCAGAAUCGAGAUUUCUGCAGAAGCAUGGGAAAUCGAUUUCUUCAUUACAACCUCAUAGUUUGGAGCAUUGCAGCCCUCUUGACUUUGGGUGUUUUCAUAGUAGAUCUACUGUUCCCAUAUUACAGCGACUCAGGUUCAAAUUUUGUGCCAGGCGUGGGCGUAACUUCCUGCUGGAUCAUGACCGAUGGCUGGUCGGGUAUGGUUUACUUUUAUGGCCCGAUAUUUCUUCUUAUUUUAUUCAACGGGAUUAUGUUCUAUUUAACAAUCCGUAACAUUCGAGCGGAGAAAAGGCUGAGACCAAAAGUCAUUAAAAAUUGCGACGAGAAAGAAAAAUCGAGAUUCCGUGCUAAUUACAGCCUAUAUGUGUACCUUUUCGUAAUUAUGGGUGGCUGCUGGAUUCUGGAAAUAAUCGCGUUCAUAUGCGAAAUCAAAAAUAUCUUGCUACCACUUAUCAAAGCGAAUGAACUGGUUAACUGCAGUCAAGGCAUUAUAAUAUUUCUUUUAACAAUUUGCAACAAGGAGGUACGGAAAACCAUAAGGGACCGAAUACAACCUAAACGCACCAGUGGCAUUGAGUUCGAAACUUGCACAAUGACGCAGGACUGUCAUCUGAUGCAUCAAUUGAAUUAGUUAGCAAAACAUUUAUGUAUUCUGUUGAAACUUGUUUGCUUAUCAGUCCGUAGUGUAUAAGUGGUUCUUUCAAUAAAAUUUAGU